GAACUUUUUUUAUUUAUUAUUUAUUUCUUCUUCACAUAACAAAAUGACAAUUAGACAUGAAGAAUACCAAUAUUUGGACCUUAUAAAGUACAUCAUGGAACAGGGAGAGCACCGUAAGGACCGAACAGGUACAGGAACAUUGGCUGUUUUUGCUCCUCCUCAGCUUCGAUUCUCUUUAAAAGAUGAUAUAUUUCCCCUCCUGACAACAAAGCGUGUAUUCUUCAGGGGAGUCUUGGAAGAACUGCUUUGGUUCAUAAAAGGAGAUACAAACUCAAAGCAUCUAAGUGAAAGAAAUAUCAAAAUUUGGGAUGGCAACGGUUCUCGCGAAUAUCUCGACAAGUUAGGUCUUACUCACCGUCGUGAAGGUGACCUUGGACCAGUUUACGGAUUUCAAUGGAGACACUUUGGCGCCAAGUACGUUGACUGUGACACUGAUUAUACAGGACAAGGCGUUGAUCAAUUACAACAAGUGAUUGAUACUAUAAAAAACAAUCCCACUGAUCGCAGAAUCAUUCUAUCAGCAUGGAACCCUGCAGAUAUUCCUAUCAUGGCUUUACCACCUUGUCAUGCCUUUUGUCAGUUUUAUGUAUCUAACCCACCUCAGGAUGGCGGGCGUGCCAAGUUAUCCUGUGUGCUCUAUCAACGUUCUUGCGAUAUGGGACUGGGUGUUCCUUUCAAUAUUGCUUCUUAUGCACUUUUGACACGCAUGAUUGCACAUGUAACAGAUCUUGAACCUGGUGAAUUCAUACAUACAAUGGGCGAUACACAUGUUUAUGUGGAUCAUCUUGACGCACUCAAGCAACAAGUUCAACGUGAACCCAAGCCUUUCCCUACUUUAAAAAUCAACCGUAAAGUAGAUACUAUCGAUGAUUUCAAGUUUGAAGAUUUUGUAUUAGAGAACUACAGUCCUCACAGUAAAAUAGAAAUGAAAAUGUCUGUCUAAUAAAUACACAAUUUGAAGCCGAGUCUUGGUUAUUAUUAUGCUUUGCGG